UCCGAAUUGGUUUAGAUCAAUAUGGUAAGUGUAUGGUCCCUUAAGCAUCUCCAAUGGUACAAUGUGCACGGUGUAGACGUGGCAUGAGAGAUAACCACAUAAAUAUUAGUAGAUAAAUUCUUUCUCUCCUUAUUUGAAUGAUUUUAUACAUUUUUGGUAAGUUUUUCUCCGCAAUGUCAUGGAGAUCGUCUAGAUAUUGACAUUGCAGUUGACAUUGCAGGGAAAAACUUACCAAAAUUGUAUAAAAUUAUUCAAAUAAGGAGAGACAAUUUAUUUGCUAAUAUUUAUGUGGCUAUCACUCAUACCACAUGUGCACCGUGCACAUUUUAGCAUUGAAGAUGCUCUUAGUAUCUUGCAACUAUCGUCGAAGUCUAGUUUGAUGACUCUUGAUCUGCUAAAUUCUAACCAGGUUUAAUGUGAUAUGUUUAAAUUUGGUCUGAAAUAAGUUUUCAUAAAAACACAUCGAUAACAAAUUUAAAAUUUAAAAUCGGAUGCAUAUUUCUUUUAUUUAAAGAAUACAAAUACGAAUCAAAACCAAAUAGGGGUUUUCUUUCCGGCCGAAUCGCUCGUGUCCGGCAUCUUUUUCCGGCCGACUCGCUCGUGUCCGGCAUCUUUUUUCCGGCCGACUCGCUCGUGUCCGACGUCUUUUCCGGCCGACUCGCUCGUGUACGACGUCUUUUCCGGCCGACUCGCUCGUGUCCGGUGUCUUGGUUGAGCUUUGCUUAUGCAAAAUCGAUUGGUGGUUUAUUUGUUUGACUUGAGGUAGGUUUUCUUCGGUCUGUGUGUGAGCUUGGGUUCUGAUUUGGCAGGAAAGGAUUGGAUCUAGAUUCAGGGGAGUGUUUGUGGUUUUGUGCAUUCCAGAGGCUAGGGCGGGUGGCUUGUUUGAGGCCUCUUGUGUUGCUUCGUAUACUUUCCAAGGAUAGAUCCCCAGAAGGUGUUAUCCUUUUGACUAGUAUUAUUAUGAGCAUUUUGAGUUGGAACUGUAGAGGUUUGGGCAAUUUGGCAACAAUUCAAGGCGUGGCGGAUAUUGUGCAAAGCCAUUGUCCGUCAAUAUUGUUCUUGAUGGAGACAAAAGUGCGAUGUCAACGAGCGAAGGACAUCCUACGAUCGCAAGGCUAUUUUUACAGUUGUGGUGCGGAUAGUGUAGGCCAAAGCGGGGGAUAGUGUUGGGAUGGAAUGAUGAUUCAGAGGUCACUGUGAAUGAUGUGCAGGCCACAUAUGUAGACGUUUUGGUUAAGCUUGCGCCGAAUGAGGGGACGUGGAGACUUACGUGCUUCUACGGAUUUCCGGAAACAAUUAGAAGACGGGAGUCAUGGGCGCUCCUCCGGGACUUGGCAGACAUGCAGCAAGGGCCUUUGAUGGUUAUCGGGGAUUUUAACGACAUUUUAUAUGAUUCGGAGAAGAAAGGAUGUAUACCGCACCCGAGAUGGAGAUUACGUGGCUUCCGGGAUUGUGUUGAGGAGUGUGGAUUAAGGGAUUUCCUGUUCAUGGGAUACCAAUGGACGUGGGAAAGAGGGAAAGGUACGUUGCACUGUGUCGAGGAAAAAUUAGACCGUAUCCUGGUCAAUGAUGAAUGGUGGAAUAGAUUCAUGGCAGCCCAAGCUACCUCGGUGGAGGCACCGAUAAGUGACCAUAUGGCGUUGUGUAUUUCUGUUGUGCCUACGACUCAUGGGAGAAGGAAAAAGAAAUUUAAAUUUGAAAAUAAUUGGCUGAGAGAAGAAGAGUGUAGGACAGUUGUUGCUAGUAGCUGGGGAGCGAGUACUAAUUUAACGGUGCCCGAAAACAUUUAUUUUUGUGGGAAAGAAUUGUUGCGGUGGGAGGCAGGGAAGAAGAGGGGAUUUCGACAUCAAAUCAUGGCAUGCAAGCGUAGACUAGCUUGGCUUCGAGGUUGAGAGGACCGACAUAGUACGGCUAAAUUCAUUAGACUGCGAGCCACUCUUUGUACUCUUAUGGAGAAGGAGAACUUGUACUGGAAACAAAGGGCUAAAGAAUUCUGGCUGAAAGAAGGGGACAUCAAUUCCCGUUUUUUUCAUAAUGCGGUGAAGCAGAGGCGGAGGAAAAAUAAAAUAAUGGGGCUAAAAACGUGUUGGUCCCGGUUAACGAGGUAAUAGUCUAGAGGGGGGGGGUGAAUAGACUAUUAUGGUUUUUAAGUUUUUCAAGUUAAGUCUUAAUUAUAACAGAGAGUCUGUUCUGUCUAGAACAGACUGGCAGCGGAUGGUCUAAGUAUAGGUGUUCUGUCGGGUUAGCCUCACAGAGGAGUAAAGGCACUUGGCCUUCUAUUAACUCACAAGAGGUGUUCUGCCGAACACAGAUACCACUUCUUUGGAGUUAAUCAGUUUGCAAGUAAUAAAAGCAGUAAGUAAAUGAGACCAGGGAUUUUUAUAGUGGUUCAAGGAACAACUCGUUCCUCUAAUCCACUGUUCCACUAAGCUUGUAAAACAACG